AUGCCCUCAGCCGAACAACGUUCCGAAUCAAUUUCAUCAUAUGACGUUAAUGUUACUUUUAAGGUUUCGGGAAAAUUUUUGAAGGAGGCUGCGUCAAUGUUGGACACUGCCAACGACAGUUCGAAAGAGAGGAUACAGCAAAGUGCUUGGUUGCUGUCCCAACAGCCUUUCUUGAAUUUGGUGCUGGCAUGUUUGAAAGGCGAAGACUUCCAGCCUAAUAAGGAUCUUUUGGUAUCGUCGCUUUACAAACAACUUCUCGACCUAACGAGCAAAACUAAAGAGGUUGGGAGCGUCUAUCCUUUAUUUCUCAUCUUCUUAUCUCUUUUUUUCUUUUCCCAGAACCCCGCUCUUCCGCUUAUGGAGAAGUUCGCAGCUGAACGUGAGGGUCUGCUACUUCGGCUGUCAUUGGUAGGAGGAAUAUUCAAACAGUUUCAUCCCAUCAUACAAGUUACAUCGUCAGGUUUAUUCAGAUUUGUCAGCCUCAACAUAGUGAAGGCUGGUCGCACCUGUUCUUUCAAAUGA